AUGGACCCAUGUGCGAUGGAUCAAAAGAGAGAGCAACCCAGCAAUAAACCCGAAACCGAUGGCAUGCAAAUGGCACUGGGCAAGAUUUGUAACCAACAAGGCAUUGUACUGUACAUUGAUCAGAACAGCUAUAUUAUGGGUAGAGCGUGCCGUACACCGUCACGCGGUAGGGAGGGCGGUUACAUCAGUUCCAGCAAUGUCAAUUCACCACAGAGAGCUCCAGAAGCUGAUGAUCUCGAAGAUGCCGUCGAUAUCGUCAAAUUGUUAGAUCUUUCCGAGGAACCCAUAACCCCGAAGAAGGAGCAAUCGCGCAAUCUUUGGCAUGGGAUGCCAUCGCCAGAUACACCCACUUCACAAUACCCUUAUAAUGCUACGUCAUCGGCGGAUGUGAGCAAGACCACAGACAAUGCACGUGGUAUCCAAAAAGAUUAUGGUGUCAUUUCUUCCAUUUCUAGCAACUGCAAAGAUGUGGCAACAGCUCAUGCAAGCAUGGAGCAUGAUGCGAUGCUUGCGCAGGAGCCUGGAGACUCAAUCAGUUCCACGACGAUGCGUCGCAGCACUAGAUUGCGCACGCUACUACCAAAGCCAACCUACAACCUCCAACCGUCCAUCGCUGCCGUCCCACGCACCAUCCCAAAAGUAUCUCCACCCUCAAAACCCAUCGCACCACCAGAGGCAGAGUUCAGUAUCAUCACCAUCAAAUCUGACCCGAUAUCCUUCGAAGGCCUCCCGAGUCUACAUUCAACAAACUGGGAUUUGCAGUACCCGCCGGGUGGAAGCACGCACCCAUCCUACCCAUACCCCUAUCUCGACCCACGUUUGAUCUUCCAUCAAGCUUACGUUCCCAUUAUCAAUGGCCUACCGGAUGUCAAGCGCCUUCCCGAUCUUGUGCUUCCAAUGGGUUGGAAACAUGUCUCCUGGUUUGGACUACUCCCUAUAGCCUUUGAUCCGUAUCAGCAAGCCUUCAAGCUCACCCCGGUGGGCCCCAUGCCACUUACAUGCGAGGAGCUUCACCAAGGCGGCCUACACAAGUAUGUGCCAGGUGGUGAGCUACAUCCCGAGUACGGAGUGUUACCGGAUAUGCUGAAGUUCAGCGAUGGAAGCGAUGCUGAGGUGUACAAUUUCGAUGGCGUAGACUGGACCCUCCCCUGGCAAGGCAACAUCAACUUCUACCCAUCAGAUACCAACGACUAUUGCGAUCAGUAUCGCUUCGACUCUACAACAUCUGAUACAUCAGUCUUCGCCAUCACCUAUCCGUGGAGAGAGCAUCGUGACUGCCCUAACCUGAUCUUCGACGUGUCAGAUGCUUGGCGUUGGCUUUCUGUGAAAGAAACCGACCCCAUGGCUGACUUCGUACCAACUCCAGACAAGAAAUGGUUCGGCACAGGCGCGUUCCGUGCGAAGAGGAAGCUCAAGUCACCCAUCCCUGAGCUUAUGAUGCUCGCGCUCAAGCCCACAGAGUCAUCGCCCGUGAAGGAUUCCAGCGAUUUACUACAGAACCAGGACACUCUGAAGACCAUCAACCUCUUUUGCCCGUUCAAGAGCGUCGCGACCCCCUCCUACGUCGAUAUUGCACUGCUCGGUGAGACAGAGUUUACUUUGAUGGAACUGCUGUCUUACUUCCCUCAACAUUACAACUGGGGUCAUGCAGCAGAACGUCUAUCGCAAGCGGGUGUGGGUCCAACUGUAAUCCGCGACAUGAUCAUCAUGACGCGUGGGCUCAAAGGCGAUGAGGUCAUAACGUCUGGCAGUAUGAGCACUGCUACUAGGGCUGCGAGGCGCCGCGAUGUAGCAAAGACUGAGGAGGUCGAUAUCGAUGAAGUGGGCAAAGACACAUCUACACCGAUGCCCGCUUCUAUCAUCGACACCAGUACCAACUACACUGCCGAGGCAUGGACAUACAACGUGUGGGAUAAGAUCGACUACCCGCUUCUCGCACUCGCACACGGUCUGCAGAUGUUGCCAUCGGGUCCUGAUGCGGGUCCACUGACUGCACUGAUCCUUUGGUGCCGCGAGAAGAAGCGCUACCAGGUCCUACUCAGCGAUGUGCCGGAGCUGCUCAAGGAAGCGGGAAUUGAAGCGCCGAUUGAGCCAGGCGAAAACGACUGUCCGGACAAGGAGAUUGUGAAGAGGCAUGCUGAGGCGCUCAAGAAGGAUAGGUUGAGGGUUGUUAGGGACGCUGGCCUGGCUAAGAGGGCUCUUGAGGCGAGCGAGGAAAAACACCCCAAAAGGAUGAGGAUGAAUUAG